UGGAAGGGUCAUAUAAAAGCUGCAGCUGAGGCUCAAGAAGUCUGGCAGUAUAUAGACCCCGACCUCUCAGAUCAAGAGAUAUCAACAAUCCCAAAGGGGCUUCAACCGCCGGAUAUCCAAACGCUAGACCUCUCGGCAGACGAGAGGGCACAUCUGACCUACCUGGUAUCGGCGUAUAAGAAGAAGCAAAAGCAGUGGGAUAAGGUCAAAGAAAGGCUAGCUAAAAUCAACCAAUUGAUUAUCCAGCGAGUUGACCGGGACGUUGAUGAACUGAUACUCGGUAUCAGCAGUCCUCGAGAGCAAUUAAAGCUUCUUAAGGGCCGAUUUACCACUAGAGAGGAAGACCGUUGGUUAAGAUUAAGAGAGACCUAG